GCGAAUCGUUCAGCGUCGUCGCUUCGUCUCCGUUCUUUCACGAUGGAAGACGACGGCCGACCGAACCGAAGAAAGAGAUAUAUCGAAAAAGGUACAGAAUACAUUGUGCCAAAGUCUACGCUGCACUACCAGAAGACAGCGCGGAUGUCCACGUCUGCUCCAAGUCCAGCAACUUCACCGAACUUGUCGCCCGAGCUGACUCGCCGUUCGACCUCGAGCACCGACACACCCCAAGAGGGCACGCCAGCGUCCGACGGUGACCUGACCGCGUCCGAUGAGGAACAGCAGUGGGGAGGAGGAGGUGAAGAUGCACACUUGCUGUCAGACUUCGAAGGAAGCAUGUCGGAAGACAACAAUCCGUCGGAGGAUGGCCCCUUCACGUCGGAAGAUGACACCUUCGCGUCGGAAGAUGACACCUUCGCGUGGGAAAGCAGCUGUCCACGUGACUUUGUGUCCGUCACUACGGACGAUGAGCUGAUGGAGCAGUGUUUUGCCCAUUUCGGCACUUCGACCCUACCCCACUCGAGCACAACCACAGCAUCUGCCGUCGCAAUGCUUAUGUCUCUUGUUCACGCCCACAAUUUUACGUGGACUGCGUUGGAUGACAUCCUUAAAGUGGUAAACAAAAUGUUUGGACAGGAGGAGGAUGUUCUUCCAGGUACUAAAUACCUGUUCCGAAAGUUGUGGGCUCGAAAAACUUCGGGUAUGUCAAAGAAAUUUUUCUACUGCGAGAGUAACAACUGCACUGGAUUGCUUGAGCCUGACCAGUCGGGGAAGUUAACAUGUGCCGUGUGCCAGGCCUCUGCUGAUGGUGAUGCAGUUCUCAAGGCUGGGAGCUACUUCACGAUCCUGAAUGUGCGGGAGCAGGUUAAACAUGUCAUAUCCAAAACCAAGCAAGCUCUCAGCGAACACCUCACUCUCCUUGAGACACUCACGGACAGUCCAGACGUGAAGGACAUAACCAGCGGUUCUGCGUACCGGAGCCUCAAAGAGACCGGCGUGCUAAAGACGGGUGACCUGACGUUAACUGUCAACACCGAUGGGAGCCCGGUGUUCAAGUCCUCCAACUCCUCAAUCUGGCCAAUCCAGUUUACAGUCAGUGAGCUUCCACCCGAGAAAAGGUUCACCAACACAACGCUCGCUGGAUUAUGGUGUGGGAAGAAGCAUCCCAACAUGCUGCAGUUCAUGAGCAAGUUUGCCGAUGUGUUGGUGGACGUGGAGCCAAUUCAGUGGACGUGCGGAACAGUCAACCACACUUCAAAAGUGCACCUCCUCUGCUGCUGUGCAGAUGCCCCUGCACGUGCAGCUGUGCAGAACCACGUACUGUACUCGGGGUAUUUCGGAUGCCCCUGGUGCCUGAUCAGAGGAGAACACAUUGGAGGCUGCAUACGCUACAUUCAGGAGGACCCGGAGCCAGCUGGGAGGACAGCAGAGUCAGUGGCAAGGGACGCCAAGCUUGCCGAGAGGUUCCGCGAACCCGUGGAAGGCGUUAAAGGGGUAUCUGCUCUUGCCGCAGUCCCCAACUUCGACCCUGUCUGGGGAUACCCAGUCGAUUAUAUGCAUUGUGUCUUGCUGGGGGUCACAAGGCAAAUAACGGAGCUGCUUGUAGCGUCUUCAAACUCGGAGUGCCAGUUCUACAUUGGUAAGCUUGACAGCUUAAUUACGGUUCUUGGCUUGAGGCUCUACUGCUGUGUGUACACUGUAUACUAUCUCUUAUUCUGA